AUGACCAACAUGAACUCCCUCUCCCAAGCACUGGAAAAAGUCCGCUUGGACAACAAAUCCACCACUGGCAAAACCGUGAAAGGCAAGCCCAUCAAGAAGCAACGUACGAAAAAACCCCCCAUCGAACCCUUCCGCUUCUUCGACCUUCCCUCCGAGAUCCGUCUACGCGUCUAUCACUUCGUGCUCUUCACCCCGAAACGCGGACGCAACCCGCGCCUAACAGGCAGCGUGGGCGCCUCGUCGAAGAAAAACCCUCCUAUCUCCCCCACCUCCCACCGAGUCGCGCUAUUCCUGACCUCAUGGCGCAUGCACGAUGAAGCCUCAGACUAUUUCUACUCCACCCAAGUAUUCCGUCUCUUCCACCUCCAGGACUACUCGCGUAUGCCAACCAUCCGGGCCAUACCCCCGCGGUACCGUCCCUCCAUCGCCACAGUCGAGUUGAUUCUCGGAUCGAGCUGGACAGCGCCACCGAGCGAAUGGACCAUCACACGCAGUCUGGGACUGGAGGAGAUGGAGCGGAUGCGCACGUUUAAGGUCUUCGUCGAAGUCGAUCCAUCGCAUCCGGUGUUCGAGGGGUUUCGCAUCUCAAAGGACUAUUAUACGGAUUUCGCGGGCGAUUUGCUCAAGGGUGUCCUGGAGAGGUUGCCGAAUCUGGAAUACGUGGAGUUUGAUGGCUGGCCAUCUGUACGGAAGAGCGGUGCUCUGAUGAAGAGACUGAUGCAUGAGGUCAGGUCGGCCGGGAUAAAGAUUGCGUGGGGCCCCGAACGGGGGUGGACAGAUUUUGAUGGGGAGGAGUUUAGUGAAGAUGCGUAUGGGGUUAUCGCGCAUGAAAAGAAAAUGCAGGAAAAGGCUCGUCGGAAGAAGGAAUUAGAGGAGGCGCAGGAAUUCGCCAGGUUGCAUGGCCUGCCGCCGCCGCCACUUCCGUUGUUCAAUCCGUACCUCGAUUAUUGA